AUGGCACCUCCUACAGCUAUUGAAUCAUCUAUUAACUUUAAUGCUCGUGGUAUUAAAUCCACUCAGGACCCAUUGGUAAAACAAUUGGAAUUAGGCGAAGAAACUGUAAUUCGUCAUAAUGCACCUGUCCCUACUUUAUACGAGGAUGGGUUACUUGAAAAGGGUACAACUAUCUCAUCAACAGGUGCUCUUAUGGCAUAUUCUGGUAAGAAAACCGGUAGAUCACCAAAGGAUAAAAGAAUUGUUGAUGAAGAGACUUCAAGCAAUCACAUUUGGUGGGGUCCUGUCAACAAGCAGGUUGACGAAUUGACAUGGAAGAUUUCCAGAUCUAGAGCAUUGGACUACUUGAGGACAAGAGAAAAGUUAUUCGUUGUUGAUGCUUACGCUGGUUGGGAUCCAAGAUACAGAAUUAAAGUCAGAAUUAUUUGCGCAAGAGCAUACCAUGCAUUAUUCAUGACCAAUAUGUUAAUCAGGCCAACUGAAAAGGAAUUAGAAAACUUUGGUGAGCCAGAUUUUACAAUCUACAACGCUGGUCAAUUCCCAGCAAAUGUUCAUACCAAGGGUAUGACUUCCGCAACCUCAGUUGAGAUCAACUUCAAAGAUAUGGAAAUGGUUAUUCUUGGUUCUGAGUAUGCAGGUGAAAUGAAAAAAGGUAUUUUCACAGUAAUGUUCUACUUGAUGCCCAUCAAGCAUCAAGUCUUAACUUUACACUCUUCUGCAAACCAAGGUAAUACUAACGGUGACGUUACCUUGUUUUUCGGUUUAUCUGGUACUGGUAAGACUACUUUAUCUGCUGAUCCAAACAGAAAAUUGAUCGGUGAUGAUGAACAUUGCUGGUCUGACAAUGGUGUUUUCAACAUUGAAGGUGGCUGUUACGCUAAGUGCUUGGACUUGUCUCAAGAAAAGGAACCAGAAAUUUUCAAUUCUAUUAAAUUUGGUGCAAUCUUGGAGAAUGUGGUUUACGAUCCAAUUUCCAAGGUUGUAGAUUACGCAGAUUCUUCUAUAACUGAAAACACUAGAUGUGCUUACCCAAUUGAUUUCAUUCCAUCAGCAAAGAUUCCAUGUUUGGCUGAUACUCAUCCAACAAACAUUGUUUUGUUGACUUGUGAUGCAUCUGGUGUCUUGCCACCAGUUUCAAAAUUGUCUAACGCUCAAGUUAUGUAUCAUUUUAUCUCUGGUUACACCUCAAAGAUGGCAGGUACCGAAGAAGGUGUUACUGAACCUCAAGCUACAUUUUCUGCAUGUUUUGGUCAACCAUUUUUAGUUUUGCACCCAAUGAAGUACGCUCAGCAAUUGUCUGACAAGAUUUCGAAACACAAUGCUCAUGCAUGGUUAUUAAACACCGGAUGGGUAGGUGCAAGUGCUGCUAGAGGUGGUAAGAGAUGUUCUUUGAAAUACACAAGAGCAAUCUUAGACGCUAUUCACUCUGGUGAAUUGAGUAAGGUUGAAUUCGAAAACUUCCCUGUCUUUAACUUGAGUGUCCCAAAGACUUGCUCAGGUGUACCUUCUGAGAUCUUGAAUCCUACUAAGGCUUGGACCGAAGGCGUUGAUUCAUUCAAUAAAGAAAUUAAAUCUUUGGCUGGUAAGUUUGCUGAAAACUUCACCAAAUACGCAGAUCAAUCUACUAGUGAAGUUAAAGCUGCAGGACCCGAUGUUUAG